CACGCCCCAAAUCGGAAGUGACGGAGACGAGCUAGCGCGUCGAAGCUACCUCUAUGGUUUUCCUCUCGUUCUUGAGUCGGGAAAUGGCCGCUGUGUAGUUACAACGGAGAUAAAUCCCGGGAACCGUGCUUCGGCCUGUCAGGAAUUUGAAUUUAGAGUUCAGUUUCUCAGAACAGUCUCUCCAGGAAGAAUUUUACAGUAUCAUACAGACUUCACUUCUUGAUCAAGAAGUCCUGAGGGAAAAGAAAUGGGUCGCUCCAAUUCUAGAUCACAUUCUUCAAGAUCAAAGUCUAGAUCACAGUCUACUUCUCGAUCAAGAUCACGAUCACACUCUAGAAAGAAGAGAUACAGUUCUAGGUCUCGUUCCAGGACAUACUCAAGAUCUCGUAGUAGAGACUGUAUUUAUUCUAGAGAUUAUCGUUGCGAUUACAGAAAUAAUAGAGGAAUGAGACGACCUUAUGGGUACAGAGGAAGGGGUACAGGACAUUACCAAGGAGGAGGAGGUAGAUACCAUCGAGGUGGUUAUAGACCUGUUUGGAAUAGAAGGCAUUCUCGGAGUCCUAGACGAGGUCGUUCACGUUCCAGGAGUCCAAAAAGAAGAUCUGUUUCUUCUCAAAGAUCCCGAAGCAGAUCUCGCCGGUCUUAUAGAUCCUCUAGGUCUCCAAGAUCAUCAUCUUCACGUUCUUCAUCCCCAUAUAGCAAAUCCCCUGUCUCUAAAAGACGAGGGUCUCAGGAAAAACAAACCAAAAAAGCUGAAGGGGAGCCCCAAGAGGAGAGUCCUUUGAAAAAUAAAUCACAAGAAGAACCAAAAGAUACAUUUGAACAUGACCCAUCUGAAUCAAUUGAUGAGUUUAAUAAAUCAUCGGCCAUGUCUGGUGAUAUUUGGCCUGGCCUUUCAGCUUAUGAUAAUAGUUCCAGAUCACCCCAUAGUCCUUCACCUAUUGCUACACCACCUAGUCAGAGUUCAUCUUGUUCUGAUGCCCCCAUGCUCAGUACAGUCCACUCUGCAAAAAACACCCCCUCUCAGCAUUCACAUUCCAUUCAGCAUAGUCCUGAAAGGUCUGGGUCUGGGUCUGUUGGAAAUGGAUCUAGUAGGUAUAGUCCUUCUCAGAAUAGUCCAAUUCAUCAUAUCCCUUCACGAAGAAGUCCUGCAAAGACAAUCACACCACAGAAUGCUCCAAGAGAGGAGUCUAGGGGCUCUUCAUUUUAUCCUGAUGGCGGGGAUCAGGAAACUGCAAAGACUGGAAAGUUCUUAAAGAGGUUCACAGAUGAAGAGUCUAGAGUAUUCCUGCUUGAGAGGGGAAAUACCAGGGAUAAAGAGACUCCAAAGGAAAAAGGAUCAGAGAAAGGCAGGGCAGAAGGAGAAUGGGAAGAUCAGGAACCUCUAGAUUACUUCAGUGAUAAAGAGUCCGGAAAACAAAAGUUUAAUGAUUCAGAAGGGGAUGACACAGAGGAAACAGAGGAUUAUAGGCAGUUCAGAAAGUCAGUCCUUGCAGAUCAGGGUAAAAAUUUUGCUACUGCAUCUCAUCGGAAUACUGAGGAGGAAGGACACAAGUACAAGUCUAAAGUUUCACUGAAAGGCAGUAGGGAAAGUGAUGGAUUUAGAGAAGAAAAAAAUUAUAAACUUAAAGAGACUGGAUAUGUAGUGGAAAGGCCUAGCACUACAAAAGAUAAGCACAAAGAAGACGACAAAAGUUCUGAAAGAAUAACAGUAAAGAAAGAAACUCAAUCACCUGAGCAGGUAAAGUCUGAAAAGCUCAAAGACCUCUUUGAUUACAGUCCCCCUUUACACAAGAAUCUGGAUGCACGGGAAAAAUCUACCUUCAGAGAGGAGAGCCCACUUAGGAUCAAAAUGAUAGCUAGUGAUUCUCAUCGUCCUGAAGUCAAACUCAAAAUGGCACCUGUUCCUCUUGAUGAUUCUAACAGACCUGCUUCCUUGACUAAAGACAGGCUACUUGCUAGUACACUUGUCCAUUCUGUCAAGAAGGAGCAAGAAUUCCGAUCCAUCUUUGACCACAUUAAGUUGCCACAGGCCAGCAAAAGCACUUCAGAGUCAUUUAUUCAACACAUUGUUUCCUUGGUUCAUCAUGUUAAAGAGCAAUACUUCAAAUCAGCUGCGAUGACCUUAAAGAAAGCCACAGAAGAACAUAGUACCCGGCAAAAGAGUCCUGAGAUACACAGGAGAAUCGACAUCUCUCCAAGCGCCCUGAGGAAGCAUACCCGUUUAGCAGGAGAAGAGAGAGUUUUUAAAGAAGAAAACCAAAAGGGAGAUAAAAAAUUAAGGUGUGAUUCUGCUGAUCUUCGGCAUGACAUUGAUCGCCGUAGAAAAGAAAGAAGUAAAGAACGGGGGGAUUCCAAGGGCUCCAGGGAAUCCAGUGGAUCAAGAAAGCAGGAAAAAACUCCAAAAGAUUACAAGGAAUACAAAUCUUACAAAGAUGACAGUAAACACAAAAGAGAGCAAGAUCAUUCUCGAUCUUCAUCCUCUUCUGCCUCACCUUCUUCUCCCAGUUCUAGAGAAGAAAAGGAGAGUAAGAAGGAAAGAGAAGAAGAAUUUAAAACUCACCACGAACUGAAAGAAUACUCGAGUUUUGCAGGAGUUAGCCGACCACGAGGAACCUUCUUUCGAAUUAGAGGCAGAGGAAGAGCCAGAGGAGUUUUUGCUGGGACAAAUACUGGUCCAAACAACUCAAAUACCACUUUUCAAAAGAGACCGAAGGAAGAGGAAUGGGAUCCAGAAUAUACCCCAAAGAGCAAGAAGUACUUCUUGCAUGAUGACAGAGAUGAUGGUGUGGAUUAUUGGGCCAAAAGAGGAAGAGGUCGAGGUACUUUUCAACGAGGCAGAGGGCGCUUUAACUUCAAAAAAUCAGGUAGCAGUCCAAAGUGGACUCAUGACAAAUACCAAGGGGAUGGGAUUGUUGAAGAUGAAGAGGAGACCAUGGAUAAUAAUGAAGAAAAGAAAGACAGACGCAAAGAAGAAAAGGAAUAGAAAAUUUGAAGUAAGAUUGAAAAAGAGAGCAGAACUUGGCACCCACCAUUUUUUACCUGAUUUUUUUUUGUUUGUUUUCAAAUAAGAAUGUAAGCAUUUUACUUAAAUUUUACUGUUUGCUAGUAGUCUAGAAAUUUUGUUUUAAGUCUUCAAAUAUCUUGAAAAAUAGUAGAUUGUAUGUUGAAAAUUGUACUGAAAUAAAAGUAGAGAAUUGUUACGUAUCAUAUUUGUAACUAUCACUUUUAAAAAGAACUUUUACUGUUUUUGUUACAUGCAUUGUAAUUUUGCUUUGUCUAUAAGAUAUGGUCAAGUACAGCUCUGUGAAAGUUCUGAUUCUCUUCCCUCCCUGUUUGUUAAUGUUUUAUUCUGAAGUAAACGUUAGCUCUACAUACAAAUCUACAUACAAAUACAAAUUGUUUAUAGAUGCCACACUAAUUAUUUUAACUAUACAGCUGAUUAACAUCCUCUUUAUUUUGAACACACUACUUCAUAGGGUGACUAAUUUUUGAAGUAUACCACAAAAUUAACUUUGGUAAAUUAGUUUAACACUUAAGGAAAUGUUUAAAGAGGCAGAACAGCCAAUGCUAAAAAAUUCAAGUGAUUACAAGAUUGAAAAACUUGAAAAAAUGUUAUUUUUACUGAAGGUGAGCAGUGUCCUAAGAAAACUGUUUUAAGGAGUCUUUUCUAUUUGGGUUCAAAAUUCAGUGUUCUCUUUCUGUUCUUAUUUGAUAGUUUGAGUCAUGGUCUAGAUAUCAGCUAUUAGAGAAGUGAAACUGGUUUGUAAUAAAAUGCCAAUGAAAACCCCAUCCCCACUGAACAUCUUAGUAUUGAGAAAACAAAAGAACAAACUUGUGAUCUGAUGUGGGUAUGGUGGAGGAUUUUCCUGCAGGAUAAUUUGUAUAUUAAUACCUGUUUUUAUAUCAUAUUUAUUUAAGGCUUUUGACAGCUGAAAUAUUAGUUUGUAGUGUAACCAUAAACAAAAAGACACAAACACAGCAUAUUGUAAUUUACUUUUUAAUGUCAACAAUAAAAAGUUUUGGCAGGAACCUGGUUUGCAGCAUUGCUCUAAUUUGGUUUUUAUAUUUUCCCCUAGUAAAAUUUUUUUCUUUUUCUUUCCAAGGGUUCUUUCUGUUCUUCAGAUAGAUGAUCUCUCAAGUGUGAAUUAACCUUUUAUGUUUUUGAUGAUGGCUUUUAUAUUAAUGAAAAUCUGAAAUAGAACAUUUCAGAGAUAAGUUUAUGAGCUUGUAUAGAACUAGCCACAAUUCCUUUGUUAAUUCAGCAACCAAAUUACUACAGUUCUAUAUGUUUGCAUUUAGAGGAGAUACUACUUAAUGUAAUGUAAAUCAUUAAAGAUCUUAUGUGUUUGGCUCUUUCAUCCUCACUUUUGAUGAUUGAUAAUGCAGCUAGCACCUUGAUUACAGCCAGGAUCGCCAGGAUCAUUUGCUAAGAACUAUUGGAAACAAAACAAAAGUAUAUCUAUACUCACUUUGUGAUGCUUUGGCCCUAGGAUAUCCUUAGUAUUGCGUGGUUUACCCUGUUACUUUUGUGUGUCUGAAAUUGUCAGAGGAAGUACAAAGCCAGUAUUCAUUGCAUUAAUCAGGACAUAAUACUUAUAUUCUGAAUAAUACUUAUUACAUGUUAAAACAACAUGAGUUAUUUGAUCUGUAACACAUAAUUUUAUUAUCAUAUUUUAUACAAAUACAGCUUUUAUUUUAACAAUUGUCAUUUGUUUAAAUACUAAAUAUCUGCUUGAUUGUAAAUGUGCAGUUUUAUUUCUCAACUGAAGACAGUAUGAAUGGAUUUGUUGAGAGAUUAGUGAGGGAAUAAAGCUACAUAAUUCCUACCAGGUUAUAUUUUCAGUGCAAAUACAUUACUUUAAUCUGUAGUUACUUUUAUUUUCUUAAAAUUAAGGAAGGAGCAUCAUAUGAGAAUAGUAGGAUGGGGUAAUUGUGAAAUCUCUAUAGAAGAAUGUCAUUGUGGAUGUUCUCUUUUUCAGAACAAGCGUGUAAAAAAGUACCCUAUGUGUAUUUUUUUAGACCACAAUUUAAUUCCAUACUUUAUGACAUACUAUAAAAAGCUGAAUAAUUCCUCUCAGUAAGGAUAUUUGUUUGUAAGUUCCAGGAAAUAACUCUCUUGAUACCUGCAUUAGUAGAUGUCCUUUGAUUCAGAGAAGUGAAAUAAAAAUGAACCGAAGGAUGUUUCCAGAAAGGAUUAAGAAUGCUGUUUAAAAAGGCCAUGACUCAGCUCUUAGGUAUUGUAGGUGUUGUGUAUACCUUUCAAUGUCCUAGGAAUUUUAAAAGCAAGAUAUGUUUUUCUAAUUGCAGUCUACUUUAAUUAUUAUUGUUCUCUUUGUCACAGUUAAAAUCAGUGGGAGUUAUAAUUUGAGAAAAAAAUACUACCCAAUAAGAAUGAAUGUAGAUGGCUAAACGAUUCUUACUCAGUGUGCUGUAUAAUGAAACAGGGACCUUGUAAAUUGUCAUAUGCCAAUAAAAUGUCAUAAGUGGUAA